AUGGAAGAUUUUAACAAUAAUUCAUCGUCGCGGUCCUCUUCGGAGCGGCCAACUUCGCGGCGUGGCGGAGGAAUCGGUUCAACCGGUGCGUUUAGCUCUUUUAACGAUUCUGCAUCGCCGAGUCCAAUUGGAAUUUUGAGACCAGGAACGGCAAUGAAAGGUCCUUCCGCGGUGCGCGGAGGAACUGCUAGUCGAUUGGUAGCAAACAAUUUACAUUCGGCCAAUUCCUCAGCUUCCAUACAGAGAAUUGGAACGGCACUGGGCAAUGCCGGGAACCGAAUGACCGAGCGCCCAAUAACCCAGCAUGGCAUAAGUGGUCUUUCAACCUCGUAUGCUCGAGUUGGAACUGCCAACGGUAGCCGUCAGAUCAAAGAUAAGCGCUAUUGGCAAGCUAUUCUGCAGAGCAAAAUACAGGAAAUCACACAGGAAACUGAAAAACUAUUAAAAGAGAAAAAAUUCUUGGAUCGGGAAAAAUCCGCAAGAAAGCUGUACGAAAAGAAAGUCAAAGAAUCCGCGAAAGAACUUACGCACCUACAAUCGACACUGACUUCGAUGAACAUUGCUCUCGAUAACUGCAGCUCUGGAUUGACCAGACAGCAGCUCCAAAACGAAACGCUGGCAUUACGUGAGCGCAGUGAACAUAUUCAAGAACAGUUGGAGAUCGUAUUCAAACAGAGACAAAUAAAGGAUUUUGAAAACAAGGAGCUUGAGGCUGAAGCUGAGAAAGAAAAAAAUAAGAUCAAUGAAAUGAUCUAUUCCCUUUCAGAUUCUGAACAACAGAAAUAUCGUGAGUUUCAAGCAUUAUCAAGCAGCCUGAAACACCAGAAUACGGUAUUUCACAACCAAAUUAGUGAGCUGGAGAAGCAAAAGGAAAGACUCAGUACCGUAAUCAUGAAUUCCCAAACACGUACGGAAGCUCAUCGCCUAAAGUCGAAGAUAAAAGAGUUAACUUCGAAACGCAAUCAGAUGCGUGACGAUGAGAAUAAUCGUUUAACACCAGCACAAGAGAGAGAAAAGUUGAUUAAUGAAGUACGCUCCAACAAUCAGGCCCUGGCAAGCAUUGGCAAACAGCUUAAAAUCAUUGAAGAUCAGUUGAAUGAGAAGAAAGAAAUUUUACAGCAGAUUGAACAAGACUUGGAGGAAGGAAACUCCGAAAGACAUAUAAAAUAUAAAGAACUGAAGAAGCGUGACGAAGUGAUGACUGCCUUUAUGGACACAUUUCAACAAAAUUUAAUUGCUGAGCAACAAAAUGUUGAAUCAUUGAAAAAUCAAAUAACGUACGCCAUCGAACAGAUUACUUUACAAGGAGUCAACAUGGAAUCACUGGGCCCUGAUAGAUUAGGAAGCACGGGAUUUACAAGUAAAAAUGAUCUGAAUUCACAUGCUGGCCUCAUGAAGGAAUACAAUAAGCUCGGUAUUCAGUUGAAACAGCUUCAAAUAUUGGAGAAAAGAACUGUUUCACAAUUGAAUGGAUUGCGACAGGAAGAAAGUGAAGCAUUAAAUAACAUUCAUAAAUACAGCAAUUUGGAAGCACCUCGUUCGGAGGCAAUAGUAAAAAUGAACGAACUAACCGAAGUAUUGCAGGAGCUUGAAGAUAAGAAACGUGUCACAGAGAACGUGGUUGACGAAGCGAACAAACGAAAUCAGGAAAUAAAAAUAGAAUUAAAGAGUAACGAGACCUACCGUCAGAUAUCUCAUUUGGAAGAUAAAUUGGUUGAUUUGAUGAAAGAAAAUAAAGGUUUGCAGGAGAUUGUGGAACAACUACGGCAGGAAUAUGACUAUUCUGGAGUCCAACGAGAAGUGGAGGCACUGUUAAAAGAGCAUAACACUUUAUUAUGUUCUGAAGCAAGCAAUACAUCGGGCUAA